AUGAUCGUUUUUCCAAAGGAUAUGGGGUUAAUUGAGUCAACUAAAAACUACAAAUGAAAUAUUAAUUAGAGACAAAGUGAAAAAUUUACGUAUAAAAAUACGUGGUAAAAAUAUUCUAUUUAUUACAUGCUAGGGAGAAAAAUAAUGGCUCGAAUACUGGUGUUUGUUUUUUCUUUCAUCGUAUUGCUUUCUCAAUUUCUUGUUGUAAUCAAUGGCUCAAUUCCCUGCGAGACUACCGCAGAUUGUCCUGUGGCAGUUCCACCUGAAUAUUAUAAGUGUAUGUAUAAGAUCACAUAUUUGACGUUCCGUGAGCUUAGCUCAGUUGAUAAGGACAAUGCAUUAUGUAUUCAAGGCCCGAGAUUCGAACCCUGGAUACCACUAAAAAAACAUCACAUAUUUGAGCAUAUGAUCGCAUUCCCUGUGCUACAGAUGCUGAUUGUCCACCAAAGAUUUUACCCAUAAUUCAUAAGUGCAUUAAUAAUUUUUGUAAGCUUAAGUUGUAUAACUAAGGGUUUUUGGUUACACUUGAAAAAAUAAGUUUAAAAACAAUUAAGUUUAAAAGUAAUUAUGUUACCUCAAAGUAUAUAAUGUUAUGUGUAGACCAUACUGAUAGUAUUUUUAUAAUUACUUCAAAAUUUGAUUUAUGUUUCUCUAUCCAUUCAAUUUUUAUUAUGAGUUCAAAAGUGUAUUAUCAUAGUAUGGAAGUAUUCAUAUCUUGGAUUCCUCAUAGGAUAUAUCGCUAACAACAAUGUCACAUGCAUCACAAAGCACAUUUGAUAUUCUAAUUAGGUAAACACCCCUAAUUUACCUUCUUCCAAAUGCAACACGGAUAGGUUUCCGAAAUUGUACGAUUUUAUUGAAUAAUAAAAAGUGUUUCAAUCCA